AUGACAACAAAAAAUCGCCGUAUUUCUCUUGGAUCUCCUAAAGAUCUUAAAGAGGUCAAAUUUUUCGAUGAAGAGCCUAUUCCUGAUGUACCUCCUAAAGGUGCCAGAGUAAAGGUUUGCUAUGCUGGAGUAUGUCUCACUGAUAGAGAAGUUACUAACACUAAACAAGCUCGUAUUAUGAAUGGUAUCAAGGACACCAGCUUGUUCCCUGGAUACGAAGUCUCAGGUGUUGUCGAAUCUUUCGGUAAUGAGUGUAAACCGGAAGAUUAUGAUCUCAAAGUUGGAGAUAAAGUUAUUGUAUGGCCAACAGACGAAAUGUGCAGUCACGGAUAUGCUGAUUUCGUCGCCGUUCCUACCCUCCAUUUUCUUGUGAAAAUUCCGGAUUCUCUUUCUAUGCAUGUUGCUUCGAUCCUUCCUGCUGGCGCUACUUGGGCCCUGUCUGCAGUUCUUCAGGCAAGACCUAUUGUAGAAGCUUUCUCCCAGUCUAAGGGUUUCUGUAAUAUUUUGAUCGUCGGUGCCGGUGGGUUGGGACUGUGGCUCCUGAAGUUGGCCAAGCACUUCCUGGUUUCUAAUAACGAGAGAAAAAUUCGUAUGAUGGUUGCUGAUGCAAAAGAAGAAAGGUUGUCUUUAGCUGAACGAAAUGGAGCUGACUUUGUUGUUCACUGGGAUGAUUCGGAGUUCGAAGAAUAUCUUAUCAUGCGUACAAAAGAUGUUGCUCGUACUGGUGUAAAUGUAGUCUUCGAUUUUGUCACAUCUCCAAGAACAGUAACAAGAUCGCUCAAAUGUUUAUCCGAGGGAGGUGUACUAUUUGUUGGUGGUCUCUCUGGAUUAGAUGUCCAGUUACCAAUUAAGCUAGUCGCUAAGAACAGAUUAGCUAUCAUGGGAGUCACUAGAGGUUCAAUUGAUCAACUCAAGAACCUGGUUCAUCUUAUAGCUGGAAAUCAGAUAGAAGCUCCAGGAUAUUGUGUUUAUCCUGUCAAUCAAGCUUCACAGGUGCUCAAACAGCUCUCCAUGUCAGAGGUUGAAGGUCGCGCCAUUCUUGAAGUUUGCGACCCCAACAAUGCUCUGGAAGAAGAGAAGGAAUAA